GACUUUCUUUCUCCCUUCCCUCGGGCCUUGGGGUUUUAGUUUCUUCAAGAAACGAAAGCCCUAUCUUCUUCUUCUUCGAUUCGGUGACUGAGACUGCUUCAACUGCUACAGGAGUUAGAGCCCUAAUUUUUCUGUUACAGGAGCAGUCAUGGCGACCUCGUACGAUUUCGAUGACGGGGUUGGGUAUGAGGACAUGGGCGGAGGUUACAGGCAGCAGCCGCAGGACCUGGGUUACGACCCGAACUUUGUUCCGGACGCAGUGAAGACCUUCGUCGUUCACCUGUACAGGCACAUUAGAGAAAAGAAUGUGUACGAGAUUCAUCAGAUGUACGAAGGUUCGUUUCAGAAGUUAAGCGAUCGGAUGUUCAAGGAGAGCCCAUGGCCGUCGGUCGAUGCGGUGGCCCCGUACGUCGAUAAUGAUCACGUCUUCUGCUUAUUGUAUCAGGAGAUGUGGUUUCGGCAUCUUUACGCGAGGUUGGCACCAACGCCUAAGCAGAGGAUCGAUUCGUGGGACAACUACUGCAGUCUAUUUCAGGUGGUGUUACAUGGGGUGGUGAAUAUGCAGUUGCCGAAUCAGUGGCUGUGGGAUAUGGUCGAUGAGUUUGUUUAUCAGUUCCAGUCAUAUUGCCAGUACAGAGCAAAGAUGAAGAACAAGACUGAGCAGGAGAUUGCUCUUCUCAGACAGUACGAUCAGGCAUGGAAUGUUUAUGGUGUGCUCAAUUACUUGCAAGCACUUGUGGAGAAGUCCAUGAUCAUCCAGAUCUUGGAGCAGGAGAAAGAGGGUUUGGAACAAUUCACUGCUACUGAUGGGUAUGACUACAGUGGUGGGAGUAAUGUUUUGAAGGUGCUGGGUUAUUUUAGCAUGAUCGGAUUGCUGCGAGUUCAUUGUCUUCUGGGUGAUUAUCACACUGGUUUGAAGUGUUUACUUCCCAUUGACAUCAGUCAAUCAGGUGUUUACACCAGUGUUAUUGGAAGCCAUAUUACUACCAUAUAUCAUUAUGGAUUUGCCAACCUCAUGUUGCGAAGGUAUGUGGAUGCAAUACGUGAAUUUAAUAAAAUUCUCUUGUACAUUUAUAAGACCAAGCAAUACCAUCAGAAAUCUCCACAAUAUGAGCAGAUAUUAAAGAAGAAUGAACAGAUGUAUGCCUUGCUGGCAAUAUGUCUUUCUCUCUGUCCGCAAGUAAAGCUUGUUGAGGAAAAUGUAAACAAUCAAUUGAGGGAGAAGUAUGGUGAGAAAAUGCUUAGGAUGCAGAGAUACGAUGAGGAGGCAUUUGCUCUCUAUGAUGAGCUUUUUUCAUAUGCAUGUCCGAAAUUCAUAACCCCAUCAGCUCCUAUUUAUGAGGAGCCUCUUGUAAAUUACAACCAGGAUGCUUAUAGGUUACAGUUGAAGCUGUUCCUUUAUGAAGUCAAGCAACAACAAUUAUUGUCAGGUAUUCGGACCUUCUUGAAGUUGUACUCUACCAUCUCAAUUGGGAAACUUGCAACUUACAUGGAAGUAGAUGAACCUACUUUAAGGACAAUCUUAAUGACCUACAAGCACAAGACACAUGCUGUAGACAGUGAAGGAAAGAUUUUCUCCAAUGCUGAUGUGGACUUCUACAUUAACGAUGACAUGAUAUAUGUUGUGGAGUCCAAGUCAGCAAAGCGGUAUGGUGAUUACUUCUUGCGUCAGAUUGUCAAGCUUGAAGAAACGAUCAAUGAAAUGGACAGAGCAAAAUUGGAAUAAGUCUUAACUAAUAUGGAGAUUCAUUAUCCCAUUGGUUCGAAGAUCUGAUCACUGUUCACCCCAUAUGGGCUUCUUUCGGCGUGUAGGAAGAGGAUUUUUUUUUUUUGUUGCUUUUCUUUUUGUUCUCCUCUAAUGAAAAAAUAAAAAAAAACCGUUAUUUGUUCUUUUUGGCCUUUAUCUUCUAUGACUUUGAGUUGGUGUAGUCAGGUGGGCUUAGAAAUUAACUUUCUUGUACUUUUUCUUUAUUUGAGAGCUGUCAAUUUUCGUUGGGAUCACCAUAUUAGUUGCUAACUCCUUUGUAUUUAUGACGAACACUUAGGAGUUAAAUGAUUGUGAGGUAUUAUGAUUCACUGCA